AUGGCUAAAAUCACCAUCCUUGGCGCUGGAAUCACCGGCCUCGCUACUGCCUCUAUUCUCCGCUCAAAAGGCCACAAGGUCACGAUCAUUGCGCGGGAUCUUCCACCCAAAGAUGGCAAAGCCAUAGACCUGGAUACCGCCUCGAAAGACUGGGCUUCUCCCUGGGCCGGCGCCUUCUACAUGCCCGACAUCAAAAUCUCCCCCUUGCACCAACGCAUGCUCUCACUCAGCCUCCCCCACCUCUUCCGCCUAGCCGACGCCUCCCCCGAGUCCAGCGUGCGGCGAAUCGACAUCGAAGACGUCCGAGACGACGGCGCCACCCUCGACGACAUCUGGUACGCCGCCCACGUGCCCAACUUCCAGCCCAUCCCCGCCGCCGACCUGCCCACGGGCUGCACGCUCGGCAUGAGCUGGCAAACCGUCGUCGUCCACCCCGCCAUCCUACUCCCCUGGCUACGCGCACAGCUCGAGCAACCCGGCCCCAGCGCCGUGACCUUCAUCCAGCGCACCGUCCGCAGCCUCGGCGACGCCGCCGCCGUCGUGCCAUGCGACGCACUAAUCAACGCCUCGGGCAACGGGGCGCGUGACCUCGUUCCCGCCGUCGGAGAUGAGAGGCAGAGGAUCCAGGCCAUCCGCGGCCAGACGCACCUGCUCCGCACGCACUGGGACCGGAUCUUCAUGCGCCAGGGCUCGCAGUACACAUACUGCAUCCCGCGGCUGGACGGCACCGCCGUCGUCGGCGGCGUCAAGGGCGUCGGCAGCGAUGACCCCGACGUCAGCGGCGAUCAGCAGACGGACAUUUUUAAUCGGGUCGGCGACAACCUGCCGCACGUCUUCGCGGCGUUUCCGGCCGACUUUGACGUCGUGAGGGAUAAUGUCGGGUUCAGGCCGGGCAGGGAGGGCGGGCCGAGGGUGGAGAAGGAGGUUUUGGAGGAGGAUGGGGGGUUGAAGGUUGUGCAUGCGUAUGGUGUCUCGGGCAGCGGGUAUGGCUACAGUUUCGGGCUGGGCGAAGUCGUGAGCGAGAUGGUAGACGAGCUCCUAUCGGGCUCUCCAAAGGCAAAGCUAUGA